AUGGAUAGCGCAGAAUUCCAUGCAGCAGUGUAUGAAACCGUUCGUCAAAUUCCAGCACAAAAAGUGACUAGUUACGGCCACAUCGCCAGGCUCCUUGGCAUGCCAAACCACUCACGACAUGUUGGACAAGCACUCAAAUUUCUGACUCCGGGAACGACACCACCGGUACCAUGGCAUCGCGUGAUAUCUUCUUCUGGUGCUAUUUCUUCCCGUGGUCCUGGAACAGAUGGCGCAAGGAGGCAGGGCGAUGCCUUAGAGGCUGAAGGUGUUGUUGUGACCGCAGGUCGUGGUGGGGAGUUGAAAGUCGAUUUGGGGAGUUAUGGUUGGUUCCCUGAUAGUGUCUAA